AUGUCUCCGACCAUGCACAUGACAGGGCAUCAUGUUCCGUACAUGCCCAGGUCAGAUGCCAUAGAUCGCCACGACUAUGGCAUCAACAAGAACAGGAAAGCGGCUUCGACUGGCGGUGGGCGAGCUUGGAGCGAAGACGAGGAAGCGUAUCUUCUCCGUACGCGUAUGCAAAAGAUGCCGUAUAAGCAUAUCGCCGCCCACCUAAAAAAAACGGAGCUUGCAUGCCGCCUUCAUUACCACCAGCUUAGUCACGGCAGCAAUCGCCGCAAGCGCACGACCUCCACGUCGUCGGGAUCCUCGAACAGCAGUCACUCGCCGGUCCUCCAGACUUCGAUGCCUUCCCCUAUCCGCGAGCACGGUGGGGCGACCAGCAGGUCUGUCUCUCCUCUUGAUUCGAUUUAUCGCUCCAACAGUCCGGGCGGCAUCCAGCUUCCCAGCAUCAUGUCGGCAACUGCCCCCAACAACCACUCGCCCCGCCUCCCCACCAUCCUUCCGAAGCCCGCAUCCAUGAGCCCAGCCCAGGCGUCAUCAACGAACUCGUCAGGCUCGGCCGGCACCGCGUCCCCGCAGGCAUCCCGCGGGUACCCCACUCCCCUACACGACACCCACCCGCAUACGGGAGCGCCCGUGAACUCGGCCGGCUACCGCGAUGGCGCCAACCCCUCCGCGCGCGGCUCCCGUGGGGGCGCGCCCCACCACGGCCCCGGCCGCGGAAACCUCCGGCUGGACUGCUCCGCCCUGCCACCCCCUCCGUCUGCCAACGGCCUGCCCGCCCCGCCGGGCCUCGUGGCAAGCCACCCGGUAGACAUGGCGCGCCUGACGGCCGCCUACAACGCCCACCGCGCGUCCUUCUGGGCCGCCGUCGCGGCCGACUACGGCCCCAGCGCCAACCCGCUCGUGCUCGAGCAGGCGUGGCGCGGGACCUCGGCGGGCAACGGCACCCAGCCCAACGGCAGCGGCAGCGGCAGCGGCAACAGCCCAUGUGCCGGGGGCGGUGGCGCGGGCAGCAUCGCGAACCUGGGAAUCGCAGCGCAGACGCCCAUCACCCCGGUCGGUAGCCCGGAGGACCAGGCAUACUCGGCUUGCGGCGGUAGCAGUGGCGGCAGCGUCGUCCACCAUCCGGGAAACAGCGGCGGCGGCGGCGGCGGUCACCACGGCAAGCCGGAUAGGACGCGGAUCAGCGCCAUCCUCGGGAUCGAUGCGAACCCGAGCAGUCCGAGCGAGAGGGAGAUGGUCAGGCGGAUGGAAGAGGAGAGAGGGGCAGUCGGGCUGGGGAUGGCCUGA